AUGUUUAAUAACCUGAAAGGCUCCCUUCACCUGUCUAUUUUCAAUACGUUUGCAAAUGUUCGACUGGAUACCCGCCAAGAGGAAGAAAUCAAUUACCACAAUAGCAUAAAAGAGUUCAAUACUUCAGUGUAUGCUCACCUUCCUGAUCCUUCCCUUAGCUAUGGCAGCAGUUCUGUUGGAAGUAACUCGUUGAAAAAUGUCGAGACAUUUUACGACAACUCUCCAUUCUCUGUUUGUGGAUCUGUAGUUGUGAUUCUCUCGAAACAAAACCCAAAUGAGGUGGACAUUACCAAUCUAGUGGCUAAAAUUCGAUCCCAUCAUGGAAUAGUUUAUGUAAUUGCAUCAAAUAAUCCAUCAGGUGGAUCCCAGCCACUCACCCUCAAUGAAUCAUCUAAAACAAACGGAUUAACCGAUUUUAGAAACGAUGAUCAAUUCUGCGACGUGAGAUUUCAGAGUUCGUUCCCCACUUAUAAUUAAUUUCAGUCUCUUAUUUGUAUUGAUGGGGUAAUUUGGCCUGUAUCCUUUUACGCGGUAAAUCCAGUUGUGUCCGGCAAUGGCUCCACUGUACUGCCUCCACUAUUCCAACCUCAACCCAGCAAAGCUGACUUUUCAGUCACUGUACAGAACCUUGGUCCUAUAGAUACAUUCCAUUCAUUCUACCUUUCUUGGUACAAUGCUACAUCAUCUAAAAAUGGUGGUUUUUAUGGGCAUAACUACCCUUUUGAG